AGAGAGAGAGAGAAAAAACAGGAGUCAAAAGGUUUACAAAAAACUCAAAAGGGAACAUAAAAGUACAUGCUGAGGUAUCAGUCCCCAGCCAUCUUUCUCUCAUCUGAACACAUCAGUCAUUUUCAUAUGGAGUGCGUUUAUUCUCUGUUUUUCUUCCAUUCUGUUCUUGUUUUGGCGGAUGAUUUUGCAUAGAAACGGCCAUGGCCAUGGCUCUGGGAAGUCUUACCACAAAACAUUUUUUUUUUUUUUUUUUUUUUUUGUUUCUUAUUUUUUUCGGUGCCUGCAUUGGGUCGAUAUUCAGUAUUUAGAUACAUAUUUUGGAUUUAUUUGUUUCAGGAUGGCUUGGAAUAACGGUGUUUCUGAGAUUGCAACCAGGAGAGUCCACCCUGUUAUUUAUCACCUGCCCAGCAUUUUUUUGUACAACGAUUCGGGGUCGUCUGUUUUUACUUGGUCUCUCCUGUCUAUCAUGAGUUGAUGAUAUAUAUAUUUGUUAUUAGUUUUAUAGUUGCUCACAAGGUACUGUACAGUGGUUCAGGUACUGUCAAUAUGCAAAUACAUUUCUCAAUGUCUUUAUUU